CUGAAAACAAUCAACAACAAUCAAUCAGAAAGUUUUAUAAACAAAUAUACAUACAGCACAACACAACAAAAAUUAAAUUUACUUAUAUAUAUAUUUUAUAUGUGUUAGUUGGAGGCCUUUACAACAAAUAUGCAGCGUUUACGCACAACUUUUACACGGUCCCGCACACCAACUGGCGCCGAGAUGAAAACCCAAAACAGCCUGGAGGUACCAAAACAGGUGCGCUCCGCUUCAUUUGAUGAAAUGAAACUUGAAGCACAACGCUCCUCCUCGCAUCUGCUGAAGCAACAAUCAUCUUCAUCAGCAGAAGAUCGUUCUUCAGAUGGCUGUUUGUUACAAGUGCCGCAACCGCAUACACAACGUUCGCAUUCAUUUGAUUCUGCAGCAGCUUCUGCGGGUAGUGACGAUUCCGGCACAUUUCUGGAAGUACCACGACGUGUCAAAACCCGUCGCAGUUCUUCUACUAAAACUCCACCGCCUUGCAUACACUGUCUAUAUUUGGAAGAGUAUCAAAAGCGUGUGACUGCUGAACAGCGUUAUUUUAUUGACCAUCGUGAACUGAAUACGCUCAGUUAUAGUUAUACUAGCUCAGAAAAUAGCGAUGACGAAGAUGAUGAUGAUAAUGAAGAUGAUAAUGAUGCUGACGAUGAUGAUGAUACUGAAGCAGUUGGCAUUGCUGAUGAUUACGAUGAUGUUGCACUAGAAAUGGACAUACGUCUGGGCGCUUUAGGCAGCAGUAUAGAUGAAGCACGUACACGUAUGCCAAGACAAAUGCGACGUCAUACAAUUGGCAGUUCGGUAACAACAUCUGAGGAUGAAGGCCUUGAGGAAUCUGAACAUGAUUCACCACAUUUUGGUAAUACACUUUUGCCGCCAUUGCCAACAACACCUUGCGGCAUUACAUUUACUCUAUCGCCAACGAAUGGUGAUUACCCGCCUUUUCCGUAUUCAUUUCCCAUCGAACCAGGUUCACCACCUGUCUCGCCUUCAUUUUCAUUAUCGGUAUGCGGUAGUCCAGUGUUAGAAUUGCCACCACCACCACCAAUUUCACCAUUAGAACUGCUGCCACAAUCAACACUCGAUUUGCCAUUACCACCACCACCCGCGUUUAGUACCUGUUCUACUGUUGAUACUGCAGAUGAUGGCAAUAAUGCUAUGCCACCAUCACCAUCUGCUAUGCGACCGCGUCGUCGUUCAAUUUCCCGUCAAGAGGCUAUUUUUGUUGAGCCUACUGGCAAUUCAUUGGAAAAUGUUUCACAGGAAGAGGAACAAAAAUCUUCAGUCGAUACGGUUGAUUCAAUUGAUGAAGCAUCAACAGUGGCUACUUGUGGUUCGCCAACAGCAGCGAAACACGCACUUGUUGUACGUGAUAUUUAUUUAACUGUACCUGAUUUGAAGCGUGAUCGUGCUGCAUCAGUCGAUUCAUGCUUUUCCAAACUUUCGUCUGGAGGUAAAACGGAGGAAUUACAACCAAGUGAGGAUGGUUGUUUUUUAACGGUGCCUAAUAUAAAUGCAACUCGUUCACGUUCUGUGGAUAUUGUUUUGCCAACAGAUGAGCAAGCGCGUUAUAAGGCGCUAGCAAUGACCGGUUCAUCUGGCAUGUAUGGAGACGGGUACGUACCUUUAACAAUUAUUUUGUUUGCUGAAUCAUAA